ACACCAGGUUGGACUCCCAGAGCGCCGCGGAGCUCACAAACCAGAAACUGGGAGCAGCUGGUAGACAGCCCUACACGCCUCAUAACAGCGACAACGCCCCGCCCCACGGGCGGUCCCGCCUUCAGCUCAAACACUCAGAGCGCUGAGGCUCGCUGAGGGGCUUCUCAGGUUCCGGCCUCGCAAAGCCCCACGGCUCCAUAGCCAGCCUUAGGUGUCCUCAGCGAAUGCCAGACAGGGUGCCUUCACCGGGCAGCCAAUCCCGAGCAGGCGUGGGACAGGCGGCCUGGCAGUACCCACUGGCCAGGCUGAAAGAGUCGAACGCAGAACUAGCGAUCGGCCGAGAGGGGCGCGGGGCUGUGGCUCAACAGGCCGGGCCUGGGAGGAGGCCUCGGGACUCCGCUGUGGCUCGCUGCCUGAGCGUCGGCGUGCUCCAUGGGCAGCAGCCAGGGCCAAGAUGACAGACUACAGCGAGGAGCAGCGAAACGAACUGGAGGCUUUGGAGUCUAUCUACCCCGACUCCUUCACAGUAUUAUCAGAAAAUCCACCCAGCUUCACCAUCACUGUGACAUCUGAGGCUGGAGAAAAUGAUGAAACUGUCCAGACUACCCUCAAGUUUACAUACAGUGAAAAAUACCCAGAUGAAGCUCCUCUUUAUGAACUAUUUUCCCAGGAAAACCUAGAAGAUAAUGAUGUCAUAGACAUUUUAAAAUUAUUAGCAUUACAGGCUGAGGAAAAUCUUGGUGUGGUCAUGAUCUUUACUCUAGUGACAGCAGUGCAAGAAAAAUUAAAUGAAAUAGUAGAUCAGAUAAAAACGAGAAGAGAGGAAGAAAAGAAACUAAAAGAAAAAGAAGCAGAAGAAGCAGAGAAGCAAAUAUUUCACGGCACCCCUGUUACAAUUGAGAAUUUCUUAUGUUGGAAAGCCAAGUUUGAUGCAGAACUCUUGGAACUUAAAAAGAAACGGAUAAAAGAAGAAGAACAAGCAGGAAAAAAUAAAUUAAGUGGCAAACAGCUGUUUGAAACCGAUCAUAAUCUUGACACAUCUGAUAUCCAGUUCUUGGAGGAUGCUGGAAAUAAUGUGGAAGUAGAUGAGUCUUUGUUCCAGGAACUGGAUGACUUGGAGCUGGAGGAUGUUGAGGACGACCCAGACUACAACCCUGCUGGCCCAGGGAGUGACUCAGAGGACUGAUGCACCAUCUCUGGAGAGCUCCACAGCCACAGCAUCUGUGGCUGUGCUGAAAGGCUUUUAAUUUUCCUUUUUUUUUUUUCUAAGAAAAAAUAACUCUCAGGAGAAUAUUCUUCUGAUAACUUUCACCAUUGAACUUAAUAAACUGACCAUAAAACUUCAAGAUGAAAUGUUCACUUCCUCUUAUUGGUGAACAGAAGUUUACAUAUUUAACAUUAUUAAAUGCUGGAGGGAGAUCCUACCUAUAACACCAAGACUUGAAGGUGGGUUGUGGCCGUGUGCAUAUGGAUAUAUGUAUAAGAAACAGAAAUAACCCGUGUUUUCUAUCUUGGAGAUGAUAGUUACUUUUGGAUUACAAAUGUUGUCUUUCAUAUAAAGUGUUAAAAUACUGAGAUAAAUAGGAAAUUAAACCUGGAUUCCAGCCUUUUGACACAGUAAAUUUAAGUUUUAACAGAAUCAGAAGCCCAGAUUAUACACAGGAAUAAAAGGGAUGUCAUCACUAUAAUAGUACUUGAAUACAAAUUUUUUGUGUUUAUAAAAAUUGUAUACUCCUAAGUCCUUCUCAGGUUAGAUUUAUGAGCUAAAAUCUGAAUUUUAGAAGUGAAAUGUGAUACCAAUUCUACAGGUAA